UGCCCUGUGCCGAAUAGUGGAUGCAAGGCCAUAUAUAUUAGUGGAUGAUCUUGGCCGGAGUUCCGCCACUAUCUUUUGUUUCGAUGACGUCAGUAAUCAGCUGAAUUCACCUAGGACGCGGUGCGGAACUUCUAUUUAUUUCUGCCUCAACCUUGGCGCUCUCAACACGACCGGCGCGGACGCUAACGGAAGAGGGAGUGGCGCGCUUAUUGCAGCGCGUAUUGUAUUCAAAUUAUCCGGAAGCCAACUAACACAAAAUGGCCUCUGGAGUGUCCGUGUCCGACGCGUGUAAGACGGUGUUUGACGAGGUGAAGAAGGCCAAGAAGCACCGCUACGUGGUGUUCGUCAUCAAGGAUGACACGCUGAUCGACGUCGAGGCGAUCGGAGACCGCGACGCCAGCUACGAGGACUACGUGGCCGACAUCCAGAAGGCCGGCAAGGGCAUGUGCCGCUACGGCCUGUUCGACUACGAGUACCUGCACACGGUGCAGGGCGCUGCCGAGCCCACCAAGAAGCAGAAGCUGUUCCUGAUGCUCUGGUGCCCCGACGAGGCCAAGAUCAAGGCCAAGAUGCUGUACUCGUCGAGCUUCGACGCGCUCAAAAAGUCGCUGACGGGCGUCGCCAAAUAUGUGGAGGCCACCGACUCGUCUGAGAUCUCCCGCGAGGAGGUGGAGAACAAGCUGAGGGCGAACGACCGCUCGUAGAGUCGUCUCGUCCGCCGGCCGCCGUCGCUACAUUCCCGCGCGGUGCUCGCGGCCGGCCCGGUUCGGUCGGACCGAGCGCCGGCCGGCCGGGCCGGGUCGCGGCCGCUGGGCAGCCCCGCCCCCGGCGUGUGUCCACAGUGGUGUGUCCCCGGACCCCCGGCACAGAGAGCGGGGCCGCCAGCGGCGUGAGCGGUGCGCGCUGCUUCCCAGUCGCACCGCAGUCGGAGUCGCCGCGUGGCUCCGCGCCGCAGUUACUGUGACCAUUUUCUAUUUGUAAUUGUAUUAAUCAACGAUGCGUGUUGAAUAAACCCCUUUUGCGUCGGA